UUCCUGAUUCCUGACAAUUAUGCAUCUUCAAAGGCGUACAUACCACGUACACCGCGUACACCAACAAUAAUACAUUUGAUAAAUCAUGUUGAAUAGUAUAACCCUGAAAUUAGUUGCAAAUGCUUACAACAACAAAAAUCCAAUAUGGGACAAUAUUUUUCUGUGUAGUAAGAUACUAUUUAUUAUAUUGAAGUUGAACAGCUAGUAUAGCUAUUAAGUGUGUGUGAUGGUAGAGGAACUGAUCCGGCUCCUGCUCCUUACAGCCUUUCAUUAUUGUGGCCAGGGCUCUCCAUUUAAAAAAGAAAAGAAAAUAUUUCCAGAUCUCAAAUAGCGUGGAGUUUAUUGACCGCUGGGGGGAUCUGUGCGAGAUAUUUUAUCCAGUAGAGGGCUCUCUACAGUACCCGAGACUGUUGGUUAUUCAAUUUAAACAGCAUUAAGUUAAAUUCAUAAAAAUUCGUAUUAACACAAAAUACUUACUAGACAAACCAAUCAGUAGGUAAUAACAACCGUUGUUCACCAAUGUCACCAAUAAGAGUUAUUAUUAUUAUACCAGAAAUAAUAGUAUAGUAUAAUUUUCAUACUUCAUGACUUAAUUUUAUGUAACAAAAUCAUGAACAGCAAUACCAAACAUUGUACAUGUUCAACUCUGAAUUUAGCUUGGAAUCCAACAAUAUAUUAUUGUUUACAUAAAAGAAACCAAAACACAUAAUCCCCCGUAAUAAGAAUAUUGACACGGCUAAGCUUAUGCUAAACAAUUUUAGCCCAUAGGUAAAUAUUAUUGUAUGGGAAAAUAAAUAACAACGGCAAAGCUGACUUAGAAUAGCUUCCCAAUUACUCUACAUGUUAACAGAGAAAUGGCUUUCGUUUAAGGAAAUAGAGACAGCAGCGCUGUGGAACAAAAAAAACAAUUAGGAAAAAAAAUCCCAGAGCCAAUCCAAAGUCAAAAAAAAGAAGAAGCAGGGGUCCAAGAGAUUUGCAUGGCUCCCUCUCCCCCGGACCAACAGAGGUCCAGGUCUGCAGACGUCACUGGUCGAGGAUCUUUGUUUUCUCUCCCCUCUCGGUGGAGGAAUACAAGUUUAUCAUCCAGCCAGGGACGGUCUCCUCUAGCGCUCCUCUCUUCCAUCUAUCGGCUUGCACCGGGCUACUCCUCCUGCAUGGUGGAUAUCCUGCUCAAUUCUUCUUUCUUGGAUGAUAUGGGGGAUCAUUCCAAAAAGAAAUCGGGAUUCGCGAUGUGUGUGGGCUGUGGAAGUCAGAUACACGACCAGUACAUCCUGAGAGUCUCCCCGGACCUGGAAUGGCACGCAGCCUGCCUCAAGUGUGCAGAGUGCAGCCAGUACCUGGACGAGACCUGCACUUGCUUCGUCCGAGACGGAAAGACGUAUUGUAAAAGAGAUUACGCAAGGUUGUUUGGCAUCAAAUGUGCAAAGUGUAACAUGGGCUUCUGCAGCAGCGACCUGGUGAUGAGAGCUCGGGACAAUGUGUAUCACGUGGAGUGUUUUCGGUGUUCGGUGUGCAGUCGCCACCUCCUACCGGGGGACGAGUUCUCUCUGCGGGACGACGAGCUGGUGUGUCGGGCCGAUCACGGCUCGCUGGCGGAGCGGGCCUCUGCAGGGAGCCCGCUCAGCCCGGGGAACAUCCACAGCAGACAGCUGCACAUCUCAGAACCAGUUUCUGUCCGACAUCCUCCUCAUCACCGCAGCCACGUCCACAAGCAGUCCGAGAAGACCACUCGGAUCCGGACCGUGCUGAACGAGAAGCAGCUCCACACCCUGCGGACCUGCUACAACGCCAACCCGCGACCGGACGCCCUGAUGAAGGAGCAGCUGGUGGAGAUGACCGGCCUGAGCCCGAGGGUGAUCCGCGUCUGGUUCCAGAACAAGCGCUGCAAAGACAAGAAGAGGUCCAUCCUGAUGAAGCAGCUCCAAACACAGCAACACAGCGAGAAAACCAAUCUGCAGGGACUGAAAGGCACACCUCUGGUGGCAGGUAGUCCAAUCCGGCACGACAACACCGUGCAGGGGAAUCCUGUGGAGGUCCAAACCUACCAGCCACCGUGGAAGACUCUCAGCGACUUUGCCCUGCAGAGCGACCUGGACCAGCCCGCUUUCCAACAGCUGGUGUCUUUCUUCGAGUCGGGCUCCCUGGGCAACUCCUCGGCCAGUGAUGUGAUCUCACUCUCGUCUCAGCUACCGGACACACCGAACAGCAUGGUGCCGAGUCCCGUCGACACGUGAAGGCUCCUCGAGGUCGGCCUGUAACCCCCCCACACCCACCCAUGCGCGCACCCGCUGCAGGGGACGCGCACAGACCUCAGUGACAUUUAAUCAGAGAAAAACAAAUUAAAGGACCAGGGCGGAUUAUACUCGAGGAGAUACAUCCAGGUUACACACUGGAGGAUGGGAGGUCUGACUAUUCCCUUCAGUUUAGCCAUUUUAGCUCACCGUCUUGCGCAAGGAUACUUCGGCCGGUUCCCCAGCUGGUGAUGGACACCAUGGGUUUUUGAGACCUUCUACCAUGAUGCCAAUGCUUGGACGGGCCGAAACAUGCUGAAUGUGUAACGGGAUUUAAACACAUUGUGCUGAAAUGGACUUCUGAAGGUCACAAUGUUUCUGAGGAACCAAAUUGUGUAGAUGUGCAUGAUUUGUUUCAAUAUUGACUCUUGUAAAUGAAUGAAACAGGAGCGAUGUGCAUUGUUCGCGUUUUCUCCAGGAAAUAAGUUAUUUUUAUUAUUAUUUAUUAUGACGACAGACAUAGCCAAUCUUAUCAAUAAAUCCCUAAAAUUGAACUGAUUAUUGCAUGCAAUAUUCCAUUUGUUCUGUAAAUCAUAAGAUAUUUUCUUAUCAUUAUAGUUGGCGAAAUAAAUCAGUUUUAAGGGGAAUUAAA